GUGCGUGAGACAGAGUUGUGACACUGACCAGCCAACAGUUUGUUUUCAUAAUGUCAUCAACUGAAAAUAACAACGCAGAUCAGAAACAGGAAAAUUGUUUUACAAAUGAUGAUGGACUGAAAAUAUUCUGCAAAGACUGGGGAGAAGCUGCAAGUAUUAGCAACCCAAGAUGUCUUGUGUUUAUUGCCCAUGGAUUAGGGGAGCACUGCUUGUGGUAUGACCAGUUGGCAGAAGAGCUGACUAAAAGACAAGUCUAUGUGUUUUCACAUGACCACAUUGGCCAUGGACAAAGUGAAGGUGAUCGCGUACAUAUAAACAACUUCAAACAGUACACACGAGAUGUCUUUUAUCAUGUUGAACUUAAGAAGAAGAAGUUUUCAAACAUUCCAGUUUUCAUGAUUGGACAUUCCAUGGGAGGAGCAAUGGCCAUUUUGUGUGCACUGGAACGACCCGAAUUCUUUAAAGGCAUAAUACUCAUAGCACCAGCAAUUAUUGUGAGCCCUGCAGCAGUGUCGCCACUCAAGGUGUUUAUUGGUCGGUGGUUGAGCUAUGUUUUCCCACAGUUGCCAAUUGCGAAGCUUGAUCCCAAAGCAGUUUGCCGAGAUCCUAAUGUGGUGAAAAAGUAUGAGGACGAUCCACUUGUGUAUCAUGGUGGCAUCAAAGUCAAAUUAGGAACUCAACUUUUGGACUCGAUGGACUAUAUCUGUGCUAAUUUAGAAAAGCUGGAGGUUCCUUUCUUAGCCCUGCAUGGAGAUAAGGACACCCUUGCAGAGGUUGAUGGUUCCAAGCAGUUGGGAGAAAAAGCUAAAAGCAAGGACAAAACACUGAAGAUAUACGAGGGAUAUUAUCACCAGCUUCACAAUGAGCCCGACGAUGAUGGGGUUGGCGGCACCGGGAUCAGAGCGGAGAUUGUCAAGUGGAUUGUCGAGAGGAUGCCGGCUUGAUCAGCUUGUGCACACAACAUUAUAGGAGUCCCAGGCCCAUCCGUAUAAAACCUUUCAACUCCAAGACUUCAACAAGAUCUAAGCCACUACAAACAGUUACUUUGUGGAAGCCCAAGUCCAAAUUAUAAAAGAUUUAUAAACAUAGGGCCAAAUUUUGAAAUUUUUAGGUCAUUGAGCAAAAAAUUCAACCUAUAACCUGUUACAAACAUGGAAACUAUUAUGACUACUUCUGGUUCAGGUUAACUUUGCUAGAAUAUUGUACAUAUACUCAGUUUAACAUUUACUGGAGGUUAAUUGAUAAAAGCUCACCAACGUGAUAUUUAAACUUAAAUUAGAAAUAUUUCCUUUGUUGAUUUUGUACAUACGCUAAUUCUGACUUUAGGAAAUCAAAUUGACUAAGUGACUAAUGUUUGAUAAUGUUUCAUGAGGUUACGGUUACGGUCUACUGAUCUGAAGGUCGAUGGUUACGAUUAUAUCCUCAUGUUGUACAGAUGUUUAUAUUGAUAUAACCUUUUGGUUAUGAAAAGUUGUGUUAUUUACACAUUGUAUUUUAACAUUAGAAAGCACUUUUUUGUGAUACAUAAUUCAUUGAAUUAUUUUAUGGCUUAAUCAUCCAUAAUGUGCAUUGUACUGAUAGUAUUAUAAAAUGAUUUAUUGUGUAUUGUUUUAACAUACUAUAGAUCUCUAUUUUAAUGCAUUGCAGCUAUCAUGAAGCAUUUUGUGAUAACCUGUUUUGUAAACAGUUGCUUUUAAAAUGAGAUUACUUUUUUUUAAAUACAGUUUCAAGCUAGACUAAUAGAAUAGGGAUAAGUCAUCUAUCCCUUCAAAUUUCACACAUUUCUGAAAACAUUUGAUUUCAUUCACCAUUCGAGAUCAAAAGAGAUUGAAAAAUUAAAAUGGUAGAAGUGCAUAAUUGUAUUAUGGAGUAUGAUACAAUGAUUAAAGUCUGCUGUCAGUUUUCAGUAGACGAAUAUUGUUUUAAGAAAAGUAUUUUAUAUUUAAUUUACAUUAUAUUGCACCAUUUUACCAAAUACUAUUUAUUUUGUGCAUUUUUUUUCAUAAAACCAUAUCAAAUUUGGACUGGAAGUAUUGCAUAGUGGUAUAAACUAGCAAUAUUUUACUUGUGCUUCGAGUUGGAAGUGUUUUUAUAAUGGUCAGAUUAAGAAAAAGUAUUCAUAAAUAAAAAAACCCAUUCCCUUUAGGUUUUGAUUUUAACAACGAGUAGACCAGAAAAUAAGAAUUUGAAUUGAGCAUUGUUAAUUAAAUUCCCGUAACUGCUUAUCACAUUAUCUAUUGACCAGAAAAGUCUGUGAUAUUGAAAGAAAUUGUGAUAUAGUUUGGAAGUUGAAAGAAAUAUCAGAGAAUGGAAUGACUGCAUGUAUGAUUUUUUUAUUUUACAGUUUGACGGACAUAAGAUCAUUCAGGCACUAUGAUCCUAUUUCAGUCACAUUGUUGACUAGGAUUAAUUGAUGUAAAUUUAAAGGGACAAUCUCAGAGUUUAAAAUUUGGUAUUUUGUUUUGUUAUUUAAAGAGGCUGCAAUGAAAAUUUAAUUUCUCAAACUGUAUCUCAAGUUGUAUUACGUUUCUGUAUUUGCCAUCUUCUUUACAUAGCUUUUUAAAAUAACGAAGACGUUUAUACUUUAUUUAAUUACUUACCAUAUUGUUUUACUUUAUGUUGUGACCUUUAAAUAUUGUUUUCUGUAAAUCAUUUAGUAUUAAUCAGAAGUAUUUGUAUAUAUAAUUUUUUUAAUUGAGGGGCCAUUCACAAUUAUAAAUUUUUUCAUGAGUGUACCAGCAUAUAACCUUUAAACGAAAAAUAUAUUUUAAAAUGAAAAGCCAUUGAAGUAAAUUUUAAAAUAAAAAUGAAAUUUUUUAUGUACCCUUUUUAUGAUGAGGAAGAAGUGCAAAAAUUGUUAUAUACACUUGUGAAAAUACUGAUCUUUGUGAAUAAUAAUAUUAUUGCCCCCGAAUUCACGUUUAUUACUUUUAUCAACAUUUUGUGGAAUUACACAUUCUUGUGAAUAUAGUAUAGAAAAUAUUAUUUGUUAUUAGAAUAUGAAUUUGUUUCACAAAGGUGCAUGAAUUUGUAUACAAUUUGUAAUAUAUGCAUGUUUAUAAUUUUAAUGGUGACGUUUUAUUUUUUGUUAAUACAUAUCUAUUACAGUAAUGCAUAUUUACAACUGAAAAGAUUUUUAAUAGUAUUUUGACAUUUAUAUGUUUACUUCUUUUUAUCAUGUUGGUUAAUUAAGUUAUUUUAGCUAUUUAUUUACAUACAGGCCAUUUGAAACCAAGGGACUUUUAUCCAAAUUUGCCACAACAACCAUGUUACUAUGGAUAGAACCUAAAUUCCAUUGUGGUAAUUCAGAUGAGUUAUAAAAUAAUGGGUAUUGUUUUAAUACUUGUAAUUUAAAAUGAAAUGUCAUAAGUUGUUCUCAAAUGGUACAUACAUGUAUUUGCUGUUAUUUACAUUGCGCUCAGCAUCAAUUACUUCCCUUGUGUAUGAAUGUUAAACUAUUUGGGAACGAUAUCUCAAGAGGGUGGGGAGGAGGUAGAGGGCACAAACCAUAUUUUCUAUAUUUAUAUAGAGAAGGAAAAAACACCAAAAACCCAUAUUUUUGUGGACAAGUUGGAGGUACGGUUGCCCUCAGCAACCCUUGUUUCCUACUGGCCUGGAUACAAGUCCUAGUUUUUGAAACCACAUCUUGUUUAAAAUUAAAAUGCUGGGUGUUAUUUAAUGGUUGUGAACUUAUUAGAAAGGCUUUAUUGUACAUGUGUAUAUGACAUAAUAUUCCAGUAUACACAUUCCUGACACAAAAUGUUUAAUGUAGUUAUAUUUUUUUGUAUUUUUAUAUAGCUAAUAUUGUAGCCACAUUGCAGUAUUCAAGCUAUAAUACUUUUAGAAGUCUGUAGAUGCAUUUGCAUUUUUUUUUGUGCAGUAUUAGCUAUAUAAUUUGUUGGGUUUUUUAGUAUGGUUAUUGCAGACUUCAAGUUUUUGAUUGACAGCUGAUAGUCCCAAGGGUAUAUCUGCUGUUGCUGAAAACAUCGAAAGUGCAAUAACCAUUCAUUCAACUUAUUUUCGUGCUUAUAUCCAAUUACGGUUCAAGCACGCUGUCUUGGGCACACACUUCACCUAUCUGGGCUGUCUGUCCAGGACAGUGGGUUAUGCUAGUUGUUAGUUAGUGGUUA